GCUUCUUCACUAUCUGAGUCUCUGCUCUGUACCCGAACUGAGCCCCAGCACAAAAGAUGAAGGUUUUAUUGUGUGUAUUCACUUUGCUGCUACUUGCUGCCUGCUACUCCCAGGUGAACUGUGGACCAGUGGGAGCCUCUUCUACAUCCUGCUGCUUUAAAUUUGCAAAGAAACUGUUACUGGGAAGAAUCCAAAGUUACUACCCUACAAGUGGCUCGUGUCCUAACCCCGCCAUUGUUUUCGUUACUAAGAAUGGAAAAGUCUGCGCCAAACCAAAUGACAGCUGGGUUAUUGAUUACCAAAACCGACUGGACAGACAAUCCCGUUAAAGAAUUUACGCCACUGCAGUUUUCUGAUCAUCAAUGUGCUGGCCUUGCCAGUUUAUUUCUUCUGAGAGGAUUCCAGAGUCUCUUCCAGAAACACUAACAUGCACCUCACCCUUAUUUAUUAAACACAAGAAGGUUGUACAUAGUUGUAUUAGAGAGAUUUUUAUUUUGAAAUCUUUUCUGUAAACAUCACCAAUGUUAAGUUAUUAUAAAAUGAACAGAAAGUAAUAUGACAGAAAAUAAAAUAUAUAUUUACAAACAUUA